AUGCACGGGGCCGGUCAGCCCAGGAUCUUUGAUCCAGGCUGACCUUUGAACCGGUGCAGACAGACAGAUCCAGCAGAUCCCGAGCAGCUGCUGCAGUGAAUAAUAAAAGCGUCCAGCCUGAGGAGCAGCCCGGCCUCUCCUCUCCUCUCCUCUCAUCCUCUGCCAUGGUGUGAGUCUGCAGCUCUACAGACCUGCUGAUUCCUGCCACACUGAAAUGCUCUCAGUGCGGUUGUAGCACACACUUCCUUUCUCUCUCUCUCUCUCUCUCCCUCCCUCUCUCCCUCGGUGUCUCUCUCUCUCUAAAAGAGACAACACGCUGGAAGUCAAGAUGUUUCAGCCGAGACUGUUUUUUACGAGUGUUUUGGCUUUUGUUGCAACAACCCACAGUGUAAAAGCAAUCAACCGGGACGGACAUGAAUUUUUGGAGAAUAUUUUACACUUUUACGGUGAGAAUAAGACCAUUUCUACAGAGAAUCUAGAAGAUUUACUGCUGCUGAUUUCAGCCAAAAGAUCCCCCCUAAUAUCAGAAGAAAACCCGCUGGGAAACAAAGAGUGUCCCUCCGCAGAGCAGAUCCUGAGCCACUUCGGGUUCAGUAAUGUCACAGAUCUGACUGUGGGACAUCUGGGGAGGAUCUGCCCCGCCGUGUUGACCCAGGUGCUGCUGCCCUCCUGUCCCUACAUCAACCCCAAGACGCUGCCGCCCCUCGACUACUCCGUUUGGGGUUAUGGGUUUCUGUCGGUCACCAUCAUCAACCUGGCGUCUCUGCUCGGCCUGCUGCUCAUCCCCUUCACCAAGAAAUCCUACUUUCCCAAAGUGCUCACGUACUUCAUCGGCCUGGCCAUCGGCACGCUCUUCUCCAACGCCGUGCUGCAGCUCAUCCCGGAGGCCCUGGGCUUCGAUCCUAAAACAGACAACUACGUAGCCAAUGCAGUUGCAAUAUUUGGAGGAUUCUACCUCCUCUUCUUCGUGGAGAAGGUGCUGAAGAUGUGUCUGGGCUUGGACCAGGAGCACGGCCACAGCCACUUCACCCCCGCAGAGCCGCCUCAGGACGGCUGCCUACAGAACGGAGACGUCCGGGAGAAGAAGGACUCGGUGGUGUUGACCAAUGUCACCACAGUCGCUACUGAUAAGGGCGGCCCGAACCUUGAGCCUCCGCAUUCAAAUACGACACCUACUCAGGACGACCAGUCGGCUAACGUGACGUGCCACUGGCUGCGUGGGCGGCGUAUCUCCAGCAUCAAGACGGUGGCAUGGAUGAUCACCCUGAGCGACGCGCUGCACAACUUCAUCGAUGGCCUGGCCAUCGGCGCUUCCUUCUCCGUGUCCAUAAUGACGGGGUUCAGCACGUCCACCGCCAUCGUCUGUGAGGAGUUUCCUCACGAACUGGGCGACUUCGUGAUCUUGCUGAGUGCUGGGAUGAGCGUCCCCCAGGCUAUUUUCUUCAACCUGCUGUCCGCAAUGUCGUGCUACGUCGGCCUGGUGUUUGGCAUCCUGCUCGGAUCAACCUUUGCCCCCAACGCAAUCUUUGCCAUCGCAGGAGGGAUGUUUCUCUAUAUAGCGCUGGCAGACAUGUUUCCAGAAAUGGACAGCAUAGCAAGGGAGCAACAGAAAACAUCCCAAAAGAUCAUCUUCUUUCUGAUCCAGAAUGCCGGACUGCUCACCGGCUUCGCCAUCAUCCUGCUCAUCACCAUGUUUGUUGGAGAGAUUAACCUGAGCUGAGGAGGUGCAGACACAAACUGGAAAGCUCGGGUUCUGACCUGGCCUCGUUUCUGUCACACAGCUGGGCAGGAACGUGAAUGUAAAGUGAACGUUUUGUACAAACAAAACCAAAUGUUUUUAUACCUUUGGACUAUCCGUUUAGGGAAAUGUUUACUCUACAAAAAAGGAAAAUCUUUACAAUUAUGUAUCAAAUUUUAAUGAGAACUAUUUUAAGGGAGACAAUAAAUUAUUUUUACCGUCUUCAUAUGAUGUGAAAUUUUAUGAAUUUGUUGUAGUGGUGGUGUUGCGUUAUUAAUACCAUUUGUGUUUCCAAGGUAUUAAAGACAUGGGUCUAAUUGAGGUAUCGGGAAAGCUUCAUCCAAACCAGAAGGAUUUUUCCUGUUCUUCAGCAUUGCAUAAUACAUAUUCCAGAAUUGAUAAGUUCCUGAUUUCACAAGAUAUG